AUGUAUUAUUUUCUAUUCUUUUUUUCGUCAUGUUUACACGCAUGUGAUUAUUGGCGUGAAAAUCUUGGUACGAAAAUGGGUCGACUGGCAUUACUUCCGUCCCCCCUCGCUUCCCCCUUUAACUUCACACGUAAUUUUUUUAUGUAUCCUCACGCGUGUUUCUAUUUGGAUCAUCUUUGUGAACAGAAAAAAAGAAAACCGUCGUCUUGCACACGACCUGAUCUCUCUAUUUUUUUUUUUUUUCUGCUGUUGUCGUCCAUGCUUGGUGGUUCUGGUGGUGGUGUUGUUGUUGUUGAUGUGUUGGUCAAAAUGGAAAAAUGUCAAAUCUAUUGGGAGAGAAAAAAAAAAUCGUUAAAAAAAAGCAAGGAACAUAUUUCAGACCAACAUUCUUCUAGUUUGAAUUAA